CGCAGUUGAGUGGGAACCAUGGAACAGAGUUUUAGUGUAUGAAUGGAAUCCGAGGCAAGCGUGCCUGCUUGAAUCACAAAAUCAACACGCGACAUCGACAUCGACAUCGCAGCGGAAGCGCAAUUGGCUCCAUUGCAAACGAUAAGAGUUAUCGAUAAGGAUUAUGCAGCUGAUCGCACUGAUUACCACGCUGCUCUUGCUAGCACAUGCCAAGGCACAGCUGCAACUCGACUCAGAUGCAGAGCUUCUUCCUGGCAGCGAUGUCGAAGCAGACAGCCAACCCGAACCAAUUGCCGAGCAGGACAGAUCCAACUGCCCCUCGAGCUGCAGCUGUCAAUAUGCUGCCUACAAUGAGCUGCCCAUUGCACGUUGGAUCAAUCACAUGACCAGCAGCGAUAAUGAUGCAGACUCCACGUUGGAAGAUACAGAUUUUCUUAUGCUUUCCAAGAUUAAAUUGGCCACGUGCCUGUUGCAGGAUGAGCACGAGACGGAGGAAUUGUUUAACGCUCUGCCUUUGGAUUUGCAAGCUUUGAUAUUGCUACAUGGAGGCAACGCGGAAAGCCAGUUGACAAUGAAUACGAGCAGUCUGCGUGGCCUGAAUCAGCUAAUGACGCUGGAAAUUCGAGGCAAUGGCAUUACAACGCUGAUUAUCGACGAACCGCUUGAAUUUUUACAGCACGCCAACUUCGAGGCACUGCGAUUGCAGGCCAGCGAUCGUCUGAAGCGACCCAAGUACUCCAAGCUGCCCAGCGAUGAUUACGAAUACAAGCCGCCGCGUGAUGUGGCCGCCAACGAGGUGACGCCCAAGUAUGAGCUGCAAUUCGAAUCGGAUGACGUAGUCGAGAUCAUGAGCUAUGAGCAGCAUGUGGAGCGUUUGAAGCAGACUCGCAUGCCCAGCUUCUAUGGCUGGAGUCGCCUCGAAGUGUUGCGCAUUCACAGCUGCAACUUCAACGAGCUGCACUGGCAAAUGUUCGAUGGCCUCACGCAGCUUCAUCAUCUCAGCCUGGAACGCAAUGGCAUCGAGGAGUUGCAGCCAUUUGCCUUCAGCGGAGCACCGCACUUGAGAAGUCUCUCUUUGGCUCACAAUGCAGUCGCACGCUUGUAUUAUCUGGGAUUAGCUGGCUUGCUGGAACUGGAGACACUCAAUCUCUCUGACAAUCGGCUGGAACGCUUGAGUGAAUCGAGUUUUCCACCGUUGCCACAUCUGCUCAAAGCAGAUCUGCGACAGAAUCCAAUUAUGUACAUUUUGCCAGCCACAUUUUGGGUGAUGAAUGACACACGAGAGUUGCAGCUGGGCAGUGAGUUGGCUGCUUUAGAGCUGCGCAGCUGGAAUAGCUAUGGACAGUUUGAUUCACUGCAUAAGCUACGCACACUCAGACUGGGCAAUGUGAGCACCGCCAGCCUGGACCAAGGGGUCUUUAAGGGUCUUCACGCUGUGGAGCAGCUGACACUGCGUGGCAACAUUGCCAGCGUGCAGUUUGACGCUUUUGCCGGUAUGGAGCAGCUUCGUGAGCUGGACAUGAGUCACUGCGGCAUUACGGAGCUAUCGAUGGAUGCUUUCAUGGGUGCCAAGCAGCUGCAGCUACUCAACUUGUCGCACAACAAUCUGACACAUGUGCCCAAUGGAUUGCUCGAUGAGCAGACGCAACUGGAGAUGGUGCAACUGCAAAACAAUCAAUUGACCACAUUGCCCACGAGUUUCUUUCUGCAGCCGCGUUUGCGUGUCGCACGCCUCGAUCACAAUCCCUGGCAAUGCAGCUGUGACAUGAGCAACUGGAAGCCACGCAUGACCAACACCAUUCGACUGCCUAGCGUGAAGAGUUGUGUGCGCGAUUUGAAUGGCCAGGAGAUCUUGUGUCGCCAUGUCGUGGGCUAUGAAACAGAUAAGAAUCUGGUGCCACGUUGUGCCAAUCACAAUGGACGCAGUGUUUACUAUGUGCUGCGCAAGCAGCUUCAUUGCGGCGUCACUCGCAUCUUUGGCCACUCGAAGGGAUCGAGCACACGCGGCUUGCCGCAUUGGCGAAAAGUCGAGUUGCAACAGCAACAGCAACAGCAGAAGCCAAAGCAGAAGAGAAAGCAGCACAAGAAGCCACGCAAAUCACAUGGCUCGCAACGCAACAGCUUACAUUUUGUGCUCAGCCAUCAAAAGGAGCCACAGCAGAAGCAACAGCAACUGCAACAGCAGCAGCAUGAGGCAUCUCUGUCACAGGAAAUGUCCAAUGAGAUUUAACAGGCGCACUCGCAAAUACCAUUUGUAGUUUAGUUCUAAGUUUCAUAUGUACUAAUUGCUUAAUGAAUGUUUAAUAUGCCAAGUUAAUUAAUAAAGAAUUACGCUUAGACUGAUAAAGAGAAUGCAAAGCUCAAUCAAAGUUUUUCCAGACAAGCCUUGGCAACUAUUCUAGAAUAAAUGUUGAAACAUUUAACUUUAGUGUUCUACAGAAUUUUUUAUACAUUCAGAAGGGGACCAAGGCACGCAAUCCAAAUCCAUAUUGAAUAUCAAUUGAAUUGUUUUUAUGUAGCUACCCC